UUUGCUGCUUCUCAAACAGGCACGUCAUCUAAAUCUUCAAAGAUUUAGGUUGCUAUCAUGGGUUCCGAAGCAGAUGAUUCCAAAGAAGUGGCAACAGAUGUCUUUAAUUCCAAAAGUUUGGCCAUUCAGGCCCAAAAGAAAAUUCUAUGCAAAAUGGCUUCCAAAUCAAUAGCAAUUGCUCUGAUAGAUGAUACCAGCAGUGAUGUGUUGGAUGAACUCUACCGAGUGACAAAGGAAUACAUACAAAACAAGAAGGAAGCUGAGAAAAUAAUUAAAAAUCUCAUUAAGACUGUUAUCAAAUUAGCAGUCCUCCACCGGAAUAACCAGUUUAAUCAGGAAGAGACUGUACUUAUGGAGAAGUUCAAAAAGAAGGUUCACCAGUUGGCUAAAACUGUGGUGAGCUUCUAUCAAGUGGACUAUACCUUUGACAGGAAUUUUUUAUCAAAACUCUUGAAUGAUUGUAGAGAUCUACUUCACCAAAUAAUUCACCGUCAUCUGACUGCAAAAUCUCAUGGACGUGUCAACCAUGUGUUUGAUCAUUUCUCGGACUGUGAAUUUUUGGCUGCCUUAUACAAUCCAUUUGGAUCUUACAAGACUCACCUCCAGAGGCUUUGCGAUGGUGUCAACAAAAUGCUAGAUGAAGACAAUAUUUAGUUUUAUCAUUAUUAAUUGCGCAUAUAAUCAAAGGCUAAGUAUUGUUGAUGAUCUUAGGGAGCCAAUGAAAGAAUGAAGAAAGACUAGAUAGUAUUGGUGGCAAAGAAGAAUUUAAUAUCAAUUGAAAAUUAUUCAGCAGAUUUAUUUAUUUAUUUGGAAUUUACCUUUUUUCAGUUUUAAUUUUUUUAAAUAAUACUAUGCUUUAAAAGAUGGAUUUAUAAAGCCAUAAAAUAGGAGUACUCAAAAUAAAUAGGACUUCAUGAAAUGGGCAAGGAUAAUAAAAUGUCAUAUUCUAAAAAUAUAAGAUUUUCAAUAAUUCAUGAUUUACAGAUUGUGUCUAUGCAUACUUGCAGAGAACUGUGCUGUUGAAUGAAGUUAAGACUGAAUAGAUUUAACAAAACUUUUUAAAAAAAAUUCAUUUAAAACUGUCUACGCUAUGCAUAAAUGUUUAAGUUACAUUGCCAUAAUUAUACUAUUGAAAAAUGUAAGUGGCUCUUUAAGGUGGCACGCAGAGCCCUCUCUAUGGGCAUGUAUGCCAACAACAGCUGCUCUUCUGGUUUCUAGUGCACACAUGCGCACUGGUCUUUGCAGGCACCGAAGAACUGGAAAAUGGCCUGAAAACUACCCCAAAAAAUGGUCAAAAACAAGCCAUUUUUCAAACUGUUUUCAGGCC